AUGAAUUCCACUGUUCGUAGCGGCAGAUUUGUAGUUCAUGUGGCCGAAAAUGGACACUCAUUCGAAUGUGAUUGUGAUGAAAAUAAUCUAGUUCACGACGUACAGCGAUUCCUUGAAUCAGUUUCUGGAACUAAUGUAAACGAUCAGCUGUUACUAUGUUUGAAUAUGAAACUGGAAUCGCGGAAACCGCUUUCCAUCUAUAAGCUUCCAUCUGAUGAUCGCGAAGUUUUCUUAUACAACAAGUCAAGAAUGAGAAUCAACUCUCAACCUCCUUCGCCAGAAUCGAUUGAAAUAGUCGAAAUCCCGAACCCUACGCCUCCAUCUUCAUCUUCAUAUCCAUUAGAAGAUAAUCCAGACCCUGCACUUAGAGCUAUUCCUUCCUACGAUAUCAUAUUCAGAUACAAUUACCAGCUAGGGCACGCGAUCUACAAUCGAAUAGUGACGAAACUCAAGAAAUGCGAGAAACUCCUCGGUGAACAAAAGGUACAAGAAAGAGCAAUGGAGAUUGCGAGAGAUAAUCUAGAUCAUCUCUAUGGAACGAUUCAUCAAAACUAUACGGAUUUCAUGAAAUGUUAUUGUCGUCAGGAUAGAAAACAUUCGAACCUAAUGAUGAACUUUGGGAAGAACAUAGAGAAAUUGAGAUAUUGCAGACUUCAUCCAGCGUUACAAACCACUGAUCGGAACUGUUUGUUUGAUCUUGUGAAGGAAGAUAACUUACAGUUACAGAAGAUUGUGGCGAAUGAGUACAGAGAUUCUUAUAAACAAUUUGAGAAGAAGAUUUCAGAGUUUGAACAAGACUUUGAUGAACUCAAGAUGAUUGUUGAAGAAUUGUUUUCAAGUAAAGCUUCUUCUAUUAUCAUCGAUUCAGAACGUGCCAUCAAUGAUCAUUAUGGUUAUAUUCAUGAACAUAAGAGUAUAAUGAAAUCAAUCAGCAAAGAUGUGAAGAUAGUGAAGAAGAUUAUCGACGAUUGUCUUUCAAACCAAUCACCUUCUUCAAUUCGUCGUCCUUACGAUGCUGUCUCAUCACUAGGCCCAAUCUACGACAUUCAAGAUCAAAAUUAUCUUCCCAAACUUGAGAAUUGCGAUAGUACAAUCUCGAAACUUCUCAAUUUCUGCAAGGAGAAAAAGAAUGACAUGAACAUCUUCAUAUACAACUACAUGCAAAAGAUAGCAUACGUUCAGUACGCAAUGAAGAACAUAAGAUGCAGAUUUUCAGUCUUCAUAGAAGCGAUGAAACAUCAGAAUGAUCAAUUUCAUUUCUUAAGGAUAAUCCAUGGUAUAGGGCCAUCAUACAGAGCUUGUUUUGCAGAGAUAGUAAGGAGAAAGUGUUCGUUUAAACUUCACAUGGGAAAUGCAGGUCUAUUAGCUGAAAAACUCGAUACCAAUAGAGAGAUUGAAGUGAGGAAAAGGAAGAAGUUUUUGAGAUGGCACAGUUUAUAUAUACCACAGGAUGUUUUAGCAAUGAUGGGAUUGUUCGAUAAUCCGAAUCUAUGUCAGGUCGAUAUAGCUCCUUAUGAUUGUAACCUUCUUGACAUUGAUAUCUCUGAUUUAGAUGGGCUGGCGCCCGAAUACUUAGUGGGGAAUUGGAAAGGUUCGUUUAAUGAGAUUAACGAAACCAUUUGUUCUGAAACAAGUAAUAUUGAAGUUGAGAAUGUUAAACUGAAAGCUGAUCUUGCUUCUGCUAUAGCUAGAAUCUGUACUUUAAACAUUGAAAUGCUGGGCGAUAGUAAAAUUGGAAGUGCAAUGAAAGAGGCUGCGGAGAAGAAUUCUGAGGCUUUGCGAUUGAAAGAUGAAUAUGGGAAGAAACUUGGGUCUUUGUUAAAGGAUAAACAAAUGGAAUGUGAUUCAUAUGAGAAGAAGAUAAUUGAAUUGGAACAGAGAUUGUACGAGGUUUCGUCUAAUAAGGUUGUUUUGUGUUUAUCAAAUGAAAUGUCAGGUAAUAAUAUUGCUUUAGCCGAGAUAAAGGAGGUGAAUCGAAGUCAGAAGCUUCUAGAAGAUUCUUACACGAAUUGUGCUCACUUGGAGAAUAGAGUUAAAAAGCGUACACUUUUUGAGAUAUUCCGUAUGGUUAUAUCUUCGGGGGAGAUUGAUGAAUUUCCGGAAUCGUUAAGAGUUCUUUCCAACUCUUUGGCCAAUUCAAUUGGCGAUGAUGAUGAAUUGGGAGAAUGCAUUAAGUUAUUAGCGGAUAAAGUGGGAUUGUUGUCAAAUUAUCAUAAUGAAGAACUGAUUGAGAAAUACGCUAAAGUGAAGGAGCAACUUGAGAAGGAAUUGGAUGAAAAUAAAGAGUUAGCAUCUACUCUCCACAGAAAACAUCAACUAGAAAAACAGGCAAACAACGAGAAGAUAUCAUUUGGGCAUUUGAAAGUUCAAGAGAUUGCUGCAUUUGUCCUGAAUUCACCAACCGGGCAUUAUGAAGCUAUAAAUAAUUGUAGGUGUUGUAACUAUUAUCUUUCAGACGAAUCAGUUUCGCUCUUGACUAAUCAUCUUCAAAACCGGCCUAGCUAUCUAAUUGGGCAGAUUGUGCAUAUCGAACAACAAACUGUGAAAACUGUAUUGUCUUCGAACCCGUAUGAUCUUCCUGUCGGAUGUGAAUACUUCAUUAUAACGGUUGAAAUGUUACCAGAUAUCUCUGAUGAUGAUGAUCGAUCUUCUACUCCGACUUCCUGA